AUGGCGUUGAUCACGUUGUUCGAGCGGCUACAUGGCCUGGUCCGAGUAUAUUGGCCAAGUUUCGUCUUUGGAUUGAUCCUGAUCAGACUCUUGCUUAACAAAUAUGGACGGAAGCUCAACUCUAUACCAGGGCCUUGUCUUGCCGGCUUUACUGACUUGUGGCGCUUUUUCGAUGCCUGUUUUGCGACGCCGCACGAAACUCACCUCCGGCUGCACCGAAGGAUGAAUUCCCAUUUCGUGCGGAUAGGUCCAAGAGUUGUCUCCAUCUCCGAUCCCACGUUGAUACCAACCAUAUAUGGAAUCAAUUCGGGUUUCACAAAGACCGAAUUCUACACUCUUUCAAUGUUGCCCUUCGAGGGGACGUUCAUGCCCAGCUUGUUCAACACCCGCGAUGAGCGAUAUCACAGCAUGUGCAAAAAGCCCAUUGCCAACGCCUACAGCAUGUCGAACAUGGUGGAGUUCGAGCCUCUAGUUGACUCAACCACUUCGCUGCUCAUGACGAAGCUGGAUGGAUUCGCUACCUCGGACGUCUCCUUUGACCUGGGAGUUUGGCUCCAGAUGUAUGCCUUUGAUGUCAUCGGCGAGAUUCUAUUCAGUCAGAAACUAGGCUUUUUGUCUUCAGGCACCGACGUCCAGGGAAUUAUGGCGGAUAUUCGCGUCAAGAUUGGCUAUGCUGGACGGGUUGGACAAAUCCCAGUUCUUGAUAGAAUCUUGACCAAGAACCUCAUAUUCCUGAGGCUCGCUCCAACCCACCCCAUCGUCACCUUUACCUUGGCCAGAAUGAAAGAAAGGGACACAAUGAACACUGGGGGUGGGAUCCAGAAGCCGGACUUUCUCGCCAGAUGCUUCGAAGCCCAAGCCAAAUUUCCUGAUGUCGUCACAGAUAGGAUGAUAUUGGUGUACAACAGUGACAAUGUCGGUGCGGGUAGUGAUACUACUGCAAUCUCCUUGCGAGCAGUUUUCUACUAUCUUCUCAAAUCACCAUCAAGCAUGCGGAAGCUGGUAACGGAGAUUGACAUUGCUGACCAAGAAGGCCGGUUGAGCGACUUUGUCACCUGGCAAGAAUCGAACAAGUUGCCAUAUCUUCAAGCAUGCAUCAAGGAAGCUCUCCGUAUGCAUCCGGCAGUAGGGUUGCUUCUCGAACGAUACGUGCCGAAAGGGGGCAUCUCCUUAGCCGGCCACUAUUUCCCAGAGGGAACAAUUCUUGGAAUCAAUCCUUGGGUCACGGCUCGAGAUAGAGAAGUAUACGGAGCAGACGCCGAUUUCUUUCGUCCAGAAAGAUGGCUUGAGGCAUCAGAUGAGCAGCUUUUGGCUAUGGAAAGAUCCAAUCUCGUGUUUGGCUAUGGAAAUCGAGCCUGCAUUGGGAAAAACAUCUCGUUGCUCGAGAUAAGCAAACUGGUACCGCAGUUGCUGCGGCACUACAAGUUCUCCUUCGCAUUCCCAAAUUUGGACUGGAAAGUUGCUGGAGGCUGGUUUGUGUGGCAAGAUGGAUUCCAGGCGCGCAUUAGCCGUCGCACGGAUAAGCCUGUUGCGUAG